AUUGGACAAUAGCAGAAGAAUGCCCAACUAAUACAGUACCAGUUGCACCAAAUGCUAAAGAAGGUAAUCCUAUUGUUCUUGCAGAAGUUCAAUCAAAACAAAGGCUUUAUCAGAUAAAAAAACAUUAUCCAAUUGCUAAUAAAUAUGUAAAGAUAUUAGAAAUUAGAGCAUUAAGACAAGGCAUAUAUAAGAGUGUACUUUCAUUCUGGGCAAAAAUUCAGAAAUAUGGCAAUCAACUGGGUUAUACUCCAGCACAGAAGAAAACCCAUUUUUUAUCUAGAGUUAGACCUGAUAUUAGAGAUGAAAUUUAUAAAAUUGGUCAAACAAAACCCAUUAACGAUAUUAUUAAUAGUUUGGCAGAACUUGAAUUAUAUGUUAUACCUCAACAACUAGCAUUCCCCAUGGCUAAUAUGCAAAAAAUAAUUCAAGAUGCAUUUGCAAAACAGCAAACUGAAUCUAAAGCUAAGAUAAAAAAAUUAAAGGCUAAACUUCAAGCACAACAACCACAAGUUGCAACAUCAGAAAAAUCUCAGCAAGCAUUUUACAUAGUAGAUCAAGAAGGUAAUAAUAUAGAUCCACUUACUCAAGAUUCAAAUUACCUUAAAUACCUCGAGCAAGCAAAAGCCUUAUACAAAAAACCACAAAAAUCCAACCAAUUUGUCAGAAUGAAUAGAAUAGAAAAAGAGCUUAAUAAAACUCAAAAUACUAUAAAUCAAUUAGCAGACCAAUUACAGAAAAAAGUGUAUAUAAAGAAAUAUGGAAUUUGUGGAGAAACAGGCCAUAGCAAGGGCAAAUGCCCUAAUCAACUUAUGGUCUAA